AAUUCCUGAUUAUACUUAGAGCCUGCGGAGCUGCUGACACAAACAGUCAUUAGCAGACGACCCUUUUGUAACAAACUAUGCUUUAAAAUGUAAACUGUGGGGCACUUUCCUUGCAUUGUCCAGAAGGAACUUUCUCCUGCCUGAGCCUGGAUUAAUCAUGAGAGAGCUCGUCAACAUUCCACUGGUACAUAUUCUUACCUUGGUUGCCUUCAGCGGGACUGAGAAACUUCCAAAAGCUCCUGUCAUCACCACCCCCCUUGAGACAGUGGACGCCUUAGUUGAAGAAGUGGCUACUUUCAUGUGUGCAGUGGAAUCCUAUCCCCAGCCUGAAAUUUCCUGGACUAGAAAUAAAAUUCUCAUUAAGCUCUUUGACACCCGGUACAGCAUUCGCGAGAACGGGCAGCUGCUCACCAUCCUCAGCGUGGAAGACAGCGAUGACGGCAUCUACUGCUGCAUAGCCAACAACGGCGUGGGAGGCGCUGCCGAGAGCUGCGGGGCUCUGCAAGUGAAGAUGAAACCUAAAAUAACUCGUCCCCCCAUAAAUGUAAAAAUAAUAGAAGGAUUAAAGGCAGUUCUACCAUGUACUACAAUGGGCAAUCCCAAACCUUCAGUGUCAUGGAUUAAGGGAGAUAGCGCUCUAAGGGAAAAUUCCCGCAUUGCAGUUCUUGAAUCUGGGAGUUUAAGGAUUCAUAAUGUGCAAAAGGAAGAUGCAGGACAUUAUCGAUGUGUGGCCAAAAACAGCCUCGGGACAGCCUAUUCCAGAUUGGUGAAGCUGGAAGUUGAGGCUCUUAAUAUGACAAAUGCCACAGAGAGAGAAGAAAGUGAACCUGAGCAAGAUAAUAAAGUUAUUGCCAGAAUUCUGCGGGCUCCUGAAUCCCACAAUGUCACCUUUGGCUCCUUUGUGACCCUGCGUUGUACAGCAACAGGCAUCCCUGUCCCUACCAUCACCUGGAUUGAAAACGGAAAUACUGUUUCUUCUGGGUCCAUUCAAGAAAGUGUGAAAGACCGAGUGAUUGACUCAAGGCUGCAGCUGUUUAUCACCAAGCCAGGACUCUACACAUGCAUCGCUACUAAUAAGCACGGAGAGAAAUUCAGUACUGCAAAGGCUGCAGCCACUGUCAGUAUAGCAGAAUGGAGUAAACCACAGAAAGAUAACAAAGGCUACUGCACCCAGUACAGAGGAGAGAUGUGCAAUGCGGUUCUGGCAAACGAUGCCCUUGUUUUCUUCAAUACCUCCUACGUGGACCCUGAGGAGGCCCAAGAACUGCUGGUCCACAGCGCCUGGAAUGAACUAAAAGCAGUGAGCCCACUCUGCCGGCCGGCUGCUGAGGCUUUGCUGUGUAACCACAUCUUCCAAGAAUGCAGUCCUGGGGUGAUACCUACUCCUAUACCUAUUUGCAGAGAACACUGCCUGGCAGUCAAGGAGCUCUUCUGUGCACAAGAAUGGCUGGCGCUGGAAGAAAAGCCCCCCAGAGGCCUCUACAGACCCGGGAUGCAUCUGCUCUCCGUGCCUGAAUGCAGCAAGCUCCCCAGCAUGCACUGGGGCCCGCGGGCCUGUACCAGAUUGCCAUAUUUAGAUUUUGUAAAAGAAAACCUAACAACAUUCCCACCAAUGACAUCCUCAAAGCCAAGUGUGGACAUUCCAAAUCUGCCUUCCUCUUCCUCCUCCUCCUUCUCUGCCUCCCCUACAUACUCCAUGACUGUAAUAAUCUCCAUCAUGUCCAGCUUUGCAGUGUUUGCAUUGCUUACCAUAACUACACUUUAUUGCUGCCGAAGACGAAAACAAUGGAAAAAUAAGAAAAGAGAAUCAGCAGCAGUCACCCUCACUACUCUUCCUUCUGAGCUCUUGCUAGAUAGACUACAUCCCAACCCCAUGUACCAGAGGAUGCCACUUCUUCUGAAUCCUAAAUUGCUCAGCCUGGAGUAUCCAAGAAAUAAUAUUGAAUAUGUGAGGGAUAUUGGAGAAGGAGCAUUUGGAAGGGUCUUUCAAGCAAGGGCUCCAGGCUUACUCCCCUACGAACCUUUCACUAUGGUGGCAGUGAAGAUGCUCAAAGAAGAAGCUUCAGCAGACAUGCAAGCCGACUUUCAGAGGGAGGCCGCCCUCAUGGCGGAAUUUGACAACCCUAACAUUGUGAAACUCUUAGGCGUGUGUGCCGUGGGGAAGCCCAUGUGCCUGCUCUUCGAAUACAUGGCCUAUGGCGACCUCAACGAGUUUCUGCGCAGCAUGUCCCCUCACAGCGUGUGCAGCCUCAGUCACAGCGACCUGUCCAUGAGGGCUCAGGUCUCCAGCCCGGGGCCCCCGCCCCUCUCCUGUGCUGAGCAGCUCUGCAUAGCCAGGCAGGUAGCGGCUGGCAUGGCUUACCUCUCGGAGCGCAAGUUCGUCCACCGGGAUUUAGCCACCAGGAACUGCCUGGUGGGUGAGAACAUGGUGGUGAAAAUUGCUGACUUCGGCCUCUCCAGGAACAUCUACUCAGCGGACUACUACAAAGCUAACGAGAACGAUGCCAUCCCUAUCCGCUGGAUGCCACCUGAGUCCAUUUUCUACAACCGCUACACCACGGAGUCCGACGUGUGGGCCUACGGUGUGGUCCUGUGGGAGAUCUUCUCCUACGGCCUGCAGCCCUACUAUGGGAUGGCCCAUGAGGAGGUCAUUUACUAUGUGCGAGACGGCAACAUCCUCUCCUGCCCUGAGAAUUGUCCCUUGGAGCUGUACAAUCUAAUGCGUCUGUGUUGGAGCAGGUUGCCUGCGGACAGACCCAGUUUCGCCAGCAUUCACCGAAUUCUGGAACGCAUGUGUGACAGGGCAGACGGAGCCGCGAGCGUCUAAGGUCCAAGACGAGCCAACAAAACACUGCCGUGUCCUCUCAGACUCUGCGAGCCAGAGGACUCCAAAGCCAGGGGCCCAACAAGACCUAGAUAGGAAAGAAUAAUAGCAGACAGGAGCAGUAUGUUGUUUGUUUCUGGGGGCUCAACAAAAGAGUGCAGAACUCAAGAGAGCAGACCAAUCUAUUGAAGGUUAAUGAUUAGAGACACAGGCUAGGUGUGUGUCAGAUAACCAGAGAUAACUACUCUUCCUCACAGAGACAGUUUGUAUCACACAUUGCACGGGAAAUAAUGUCAUCUGUUCAGUUCCUGAAUUAGCUGGCAGCAGAAUAAGACUCUGCCGUAUUAAGUUUUAAUAUGAAAUGUGAUACAGAGCUUCAUUUUGAUAGAGUUAAUUCUUGUCUGUUAUGAAAGUAAGGUAGCUUCAUGUAAGGCAUUUAAGUAAAGCAGAGAAAGCAAAAAAGAAGGAAAAACUAUUCAUUGUCUCCAUACCCAAUAUUGGGGGGUUUUCUUCAUUGAAAUUCUUUCUUGCAUCUAAAGCAUACUUUUAUAUUUGUUUAUAAUCUGCAGAGUUGUGGUUUACUAAGGAAUAAAAUGACAAGU